AUGCAGGGCCGUAAAAUUAGACAUCUGUCAGCAAUCCAGAGACCCUUUGCUCUAAACAUAACUCGUGCUUAUCGCACAACAGCCUCUAAUGCAAUCAAUGUUUUAGCGGGAUUAUUACCCCUCCACUUACGAGUUGAAGAAGAGGCUGUCAGGCAACUCAUCAAACAGUUACGGCGUCCAGCUUACUUCUCUGAUGAAUAUUUCCUUCCAGAAGAAUAUGAAAUCCCGGCUCCUGAUUUUCGUACCCAUCCAUCAUUUAAAGGCAUUGGUGUUCGCAUCCAAGUUCAGCCAACUGCUACAGCUCUGCCUUCUCAAAUAGAAAUUUAUACAGACGGCUCGAAAAUCAACGAAAACACAGGCAGUGCUUUUGCUGUUUUGCGGGAUCAUAUAGUUACACAUCAUUGGAAAGGUCAACUGCGCUCUCAAAAUUCAGUCUUCCAAGGUGAAGCGAUUGCUAUUGCACAAGCCUUACGCUACUUAAUCUUUUACGGUAUUAAAAAAGCAGUUAUAAAAACAGACAGUCUAUCGUCGUUGCGUGCUUUAGGUAAUCCUGACCAUCCAUCUACCAUCAUCCAAACCAUUCAGCAGGACCUAAGAGAGCAUUUCCCCCAUCAGCUUAAACUUGAGUGGAUCAAAGCUCAUGCUGGGCAUUACGGAAACGAAACUGCAGACAGUCUAGCCAAAGAGGCAGCUUCAGGCAAUGCAGAUACUCAAGUCAAUAUCCCAUGGCCUAUUUCUUAUCUAAAGAAAUGCCUGAGAUUGAAGGCCAUUGGACGAUGGCAAGAGGAAUGGGACGAGGGCUCAACCGGUCGACGAACGCAGUAUCACAUAGCGUAUGUGGACACUGACCGUAUCAUUUCCAACCCUCAGCUCGUUCGAUUUAUCACUGGCCAUGGUCCAUUUCCGCAAUAUUUUGCAAAACGCGGGCUCAGCCAUACUGAGUUCUGCUGCUGCGGAGAUAUUGGAUCCCCAGAGCAUUACCUGACCACUUGUCCAUUGACAUCUGAUCUUCAUAUUCAACUGCCAAGUACCAACAGGCAGGCCUUCUGCAAAUUUAUCAUAAAGCAAGAGAGAUAUCUGAUUACAAAGGUUGUCAAUUUAAUGGACAAACUGUCUGCGCUGGGCAUGGACUUAUGUCAGACAGCGUAA